CGGCACGAUAUUUCAACCCGUCCAUCUGCCUCAUCUCAGCAUCGUUGACACAGGCACCAGACGACGCCAUUGAACCCUAGGCGGCUCUCCUACCGCCCUGCACAGCCGAAUCAGCCCAGAGACCCGGCACAAGCAACGGCGAAGCGGAACGGGACCCCAGUCCUUGUCACUGCCCCUCGUCCCAGCGCAGCGGCAACAAACUGCUGCCCCGCCAUUCACGGGAUACCCCGGGCUCGCCUCACCUCCCACGGCACUGUUGCAGACGCACGUGCCAAGGUGCAUGGCCUCGCCCUUCUGAGGACCGCUUCUGAGGACUACGGCCUUGGGCGACCUGCAUCCCUGCGCCAUGGCUGACUUUCGCCAGCUCGCCCUCGAGUUCGUGCUCGAGGACGAUGCUGCCAAGCGCAACAUCAUCGCUCAAAGAGCUGCCACAGAACUCUCAAGCGCACCACCAGCCUCGAAUCCCGUGGCGCGCUGGGUCGAAUCCGUUCAGCCAUGGAUGCCCGGCGGCGACGAUGAUGAGAUGCAAAAUGGCCAAGACUCGACCGACUGGACAGCCAGGGCAAAAGCGCUCGAAUUCCUGUCCGAGACGAUAGACUUCUUGAAACCCGACGUUCUCAAGCCUAGUCAAGUAAAACUUUUAGUGGCCUUCUUCGGUGCCAUGUUCGACGUCGAUCACAAAGCAGGAAUCAAGCCAUCCGCCACUGCCCUAUCGCAGAUUGCUCGCAUGAAGUCCUUUCAGCCGCAAAGCGCUCGCGACAUCAUUUCAAAGGUCUGCACUCUCAAGGACGACUUCCCUCGCCAGGUCGCAAAGACGCGCCUCGCAGUGUAUGAGUUGCUCAAGCAGCUGGUUGUGGACCCCACAAUCGCCAGCGACUUGCAGCAUCGGGAUGCAUCCUCCGGAUUCAUGAACGAUCUCCUCCAGCUGUGCCAGAACGAGAGGGAUCCCGAUUGUCUGAUGGUAUGGUUUGGAAUCCUGAGCUACUUCCUUGCAAACUAUUCGCCCUCGAAAGAAAUGGUGGAGGAAGUAUAUGGCACUUUCAAAGCCUACUUUCCCAUCACCCUGCCGCGUACCUCGCAGAGCAAGGUCCAACCUGCCGAGCUCAAGCGAGAGCUGAGGCGGUGCUUUGCCUCCAAUGACAGUCUUGCGCCUCUUGCUUUCCCCUUCUUAUUGGGAAAGCUAGAUCAAGGAGAUGGGGUCACUGUCAAUGUCAAGGUGGAUAUCCUGCAAACUAUCGACAUGUGCCUCGAAAAAUAUACAGGGGCCGAUCAGUCUAUUUCGGCAUUCGUCAAUAGAAUAUGGAGCAGCCUCAAGUAUGAGGUGCGCAACGGAGAGGUUGAGGAUACCAUCAACGCCACCCUCGAAGUGAUGAGAACCCUUACGACGAGAUUGAAGGGCGACGAGCUGCGCGACUUCUGCCUCAAUGUCACUCGAGACUGCGUCGAAGACUUGUCCAACCCGACAUAUACCGCAGCCUCCGGACGAUUAUUGGUCAGCGUUUUGAGCGCAAGCACAGCAGCGUUUGUCCUGAUUGUAGCACCUGCGAUCACGCACAUUAAAGACAACUUGCGCCACCCGAAGUCGCCGGCGCACUCUCGAGAUUUGCACAAGAUCCUACACAUUAUUCUUGAAACUCGUCUACUCUUGGCCGAUAUCGAAAUGACUGAUGCUGAGCGGGCCGACUUCGCAGCAGUGGAUUCAAUCUUCAGAUCACUCUACACCGACGUUUAUGGGAAUCCUGUGAAGCUCGCCAAGGACGCAAAUUCAUCAUACGAUGACAUCAAGCUGGCAACCGAGGCUGUUCAGGGAAUAGGAGCGCUCGCUCGCCAGUUCGCAGUCACAAAACGGGACGCUCCAGGCUCGGCUCAGCCUGACGCCCACUUGUUACUUCCGGGGACCACCUGUGCGGAAAUAUGCGAGUCAUUGUUUGACAUCAUUUCCUUGCCUCGCCACAACCAGUCGCAAAAGGCAGCAUCAGAUGAGCUGGUCAACGAAUCCAUCAAGGCACUUGAGCGCUCCAUACAUGGUUACCCACCAGGAUAUCUACCGCUGACUGCAAGAGUCGCGGCUGCUAUUCGGCAUAGCGAUCCUACGGCCAGUGCUGAGACAUCACUCUCUGCGCAAAGACUCUGUUCUAUACUUUCUGUGGUCGGAUUCUCGGACAUGAGGUCGUCCCAAUCAAACGCCAUGAAACACUUUCUGGCCCUGGUUGGCACUGUGUACAACGAACUGAGCACUGCCAUGGACACCAGGCCAGAUCCUGAGUUUUGGGGUACUUUGGUCGACGCCCUGUUAGUGGCAUUACAGUACUUUGACGAAGCUUGCAACAACCUUCUAGGCGAUCACGUCUGGUCAGAGAGGCUAUCAGAAAAUCCUUGGUCCCCCGAGUUUACCUCUAGGUACCCUGAACUCGGAUCAUUUGACAGCGAUGUGUCAAGCCCGUCGAAUCAAGUGUUUGCAGUUCCUGAUGCCCAGAAGGACAUCAGCGCAAUUCGAGAAAGCAUUUCCAGGCUGAACGAUGAUGGCCUGCUCAUCGUUCUUGGUGUUUGCCGACAGCUCUAUCGUCGCGCAACCAAAUCCCUCAGUCUUCCGAGCGGAAACAAGGGACUUUGCUUUACCUACUCGUUCUCCGGGACCGAUACGCCCACGCUCCGGUACUUGCACCAGCUUUCUAACCUUGCCUCUCAUGUCAUCAACAAGAUGAGCAGCAAGAAUCUUUCAUGCUACGGCAUGGCGACGUGGGCUCUGACCCUAUUCCGCGAUGAGGACGUGUCGCUUGCCCCAGGGGGAGACCCAUCCAGGGACGAAUUGGUGGACUGGCUUGUCUUAGGCCCGUUGAGCAUUCUCUCCGCAGGAUUAUUGCGGAACAUGCCGGCGGCCGUCAUUGCUCAACUUUAUGAAAUCGGGGUUGCACAACGGGUCUUGGUUCGAUGCACCUCCCCCGUGGCUGAGUCGAUUGAUCCGGCUGUACUUCCGUCCAUCAGGUCUAUCCUCGGCUACUUGGCAAACAAGUACAAGCUCGAGACAUUGCCCGAGACGGUCGCAGUACUGGAACAACAUCUGGCGGAUGCUCUGAAACAAGCUUCUGUCGAGUCAAACCCGCAGCACCAAAGCAACGGAGUCGAACGAGUCCUGACCAUCUAUGUAGUAGUUGGAGCCUUGGUACUUCGGUGCACCGGCAAGCAGACUAAAGGCUUGCUCCAGCUGCUGCGGGAAGCUCCCAAUAGUAAAAUCUCCGGGUACCGUCUUGCGCGAGGUUUGGAUGUCAUUGCUGGCUUCGGCAACGCAUACUACGGUCGUGGAGGCGUCAUGAAGCCGCUGUGGAAGCAAAAGCUCUACUUUGACCUCGUCCAGCCUAUGAUGACCAUUGCUGUGGGCGGAUCAUCCGAUAUACAGGAGCCACUCAUCAAAACGAACUACGCCAUUGCCACAUUGCUGAUGGUUCGCGAACUGCCUUUUGAGGUAUAUGAGGACGACUCGGGCAAAGUGGUGCGCGUCGCCAUCUCCGUUGCUCAAAACCUGGGUACUGGCCCCGACGCCAAGGCAGCAAUGGACGUAUUGAAACAAAUCAUCACCAAGGCACCAGAGACACUCCAAGGCCAUAUUCGCAGCCUCAUCAACGUCUGCAUCAGCCUAUUCUCGAGUCGGUCGACACCGACUCGCACCCGACCCGACUGGAUGCCGGAGGACUACGCGAGCGGCUCCCCGGCUGCGGAUGCCGCGGUCCAGGCCGAGUGUGGCAAGAUUGCGUUGGAGAUUGUGGGCGGUCUGCCUCGGCUUUUCGAGUCGAGACAUGUUGUGCCAUUUGCUGCGCAGGUGCAGCGCGAGUUGGCAACGGCGUGCGGGCAUCGCGUGCGUGACCUCAGGAAGACGGCUAGACUGGCACGCGCGGCGUGGGUAGAUAUGAAGUGAGGAAGAUCUGAUGCGAUAUAAAUGCGCCAUGUAGCAUUGGGUGAGUCUGGAGUUUGGUGGGGUUUGAACGGGCUGGUCGAGGGCAUAGAUAGGUUACGCCGUUAGACAACAUUGUGUGCGCGCGCGCAGUCAAGUGGUCGCGUAGGAGUCGCAAAUGAGAGGG